UGAGAUCCACCUCCUCCAGGAAGGGCUGCCUUCCCCACAGGUCCUCUAAGACUAAGGAGAACCCAGCUCCCCAAAAUGCCGCAAAUGGGAUCCUGGAAAGACCCGUUCCUAACGGUCACCUUCCCAAGCAAGGUCAUCUUUAUCAUUGGCUCUUGGGUCCUGUUCGUCAUCCACAUGGGAGUGAUCGUCGGGGAUCUCUACCACUUCCUGGUCUCUCAAAGAGGAGAUCUCAUGAGCUUCCACUUCACUGUAUCGCUGCUGUUCUCCCAUGUGACCAGCUUUUAUUUGGCCCUCCUAGCCAGCAUCUACACUUUGCAAGCGGAUGAUGGCUUCCUGACGUGCUUAGCCCUGACUUCCUUUGUCGUGAAUUUAGCUCUGUAUAUUGCCCGAUUCUGGAUGGACUAUCUCACUAUUGAUUACAGGGAAGAAAAAUACGAAUGAUCAAAAGGAGCCAGGCAUAAGAAGAGCCGGUCCCUCUGAAGGAGCGACAGAGGAGUAACCGCCACCCGUUAGGAUCAGCCAAGAGAGUUUAAUGGAGUAUUGACAAAUGUCUCUAUUGCUUCAAUGUGCCACAGCUUUGCACUCUCUCCGUCCUACAUCCACCGUCCACGGAGGCAAGAAAUAAACCUUGCAGAUCAUUCACCGUCGUUCCACCAGCCCACACCUCUCCUGCAAAGGAUGGUGGACAGAGGGGUCUUGCCUCCCCUUUCUUGACUGGACCUCUGGGACGAGAGAAGCCUUUUUUCCACCAGGUGCCCCCCCCCUCCAAAAUGGACCUGGACCAUCGCUUUGAGUAAAGCUAUCGGCCCACCCAAUCUGCAAAGACCAGAGAAAGGUGGUUCUGGAGAAGACAAGGUUGCUGCCCCCCCUGGUCCCGCCCCCGAGAAACUAAAGUUUAAACAGAGUAGAGAUGUUGUCAGAGGUGAACCUGGAAGGCAGAAGGUUAUCUGGAACCAAGAGGACAAGUGGGGCAUAAUAUAACGGGCCUUCUUUUUUUAAUGUGUCUUGUCUGACUUAUCAAGUAAAGCAAUUCAUAAGUACGGAAGAACCGUCCACCUCUCAUCUCCACAGCACUUCAAACCACCUGCCAAUCAAACCCUGGACCUUUUCAACCCCUGGGUUGCAGAGAAAGGCUGUGGAUGCAGCCUUUGGGUCCUACAGAAUGGCCCCCAAGCCCAAGGGCCUAGAAAGACACACGUCUUGGGGCUCUCAAAAGACAACUGACUUUCCAUAUCUAGCAGGUAAUUGGAGGGAAAGCAGCAGAGAGCAAACAGCAAACUAGCUGUGUUAAGGAAAAGGACCGAGGUGGGGUGCAAACAGGUGUUGCUCCAGCUUACACAGAGCUCUCUUUUUGGGGGGCAAUGGUGCUCUGGUGUCCCUGCAACCAAGGGCAGCUUGUGCACAAGCCUCAACAUGGAUUUAGGAGAGGAGGUCCUGUUACGUGAUGUAGAAAUCCUCAAACUUGGCCGCGCUCUUUAGUAAGAAUUGCUACGGGUUGGGUGAGCACAACUGUCUCCCAGUCAAUCACUGCAGUCUCAAACCACCUUUGAAGAAGGAAAACAAAGCAACGGGGAAAUCACUGAACCGCAAGGAAGGACCCAGAGGAUAUUUCCUCAGCCGAGCACGAGUGGAACCC